AUGGCAGAGAAAUUGUCCCUCCUUUGCUUCGGCGACUCCCUGACAGCGGGUUAUUACAGUUACGGGCUCGAGUACCAGCCGUACGCCGGAAAACUCAAGCAGAGUCUUGAGGCAGUGUUCCCUAACACUGAAAUCAUAGUUGAUGUGGAUGGAAUGCCAGGUGAUCUGGCGAUAUCCCCCCCGGGGGUGUUCUUGUCUCGGAUACGAAAGAAAUGCGCCAAGCGAUGGUACGACUGGGUUGUCGUUCUCGGUGGAACCAAUGACUUAGGAUACGGGAACCAGCCCGACAAGAUAUACUCUGCUCUGCAAGACUCAUGGAACGUGGCUCUCUCUACUGGCGCGAAAGUGCUCGCCUUGACCAUACCUGAAUGUGGGGCCAAAUCUCAGAGGCUAGAUACAAGACGAGCCACGUUGAAUUCGUACAUACUGGCACAUCAGUCUGAGCGAAUCCAUGCCUUUGAUUUACACAGCAAGAUCCCGUACCAUACUGGCUCGGAGAACUUCAGGGAGGAGAUCUUUGAUGAUGGAUUGCAUCUAACAGCUCGUGGCUAUGACUUGAUGGGGAGUAUGAUAGGGGAACAUUUGGCGAACUUGCUCAAGGAGGAAAAAGGCCUAGAACGUGAAGCAUAG